AUGAAACAAAAUCCCAGUUUAAGUGUCCGAACCCCAGAGGGCUGCAGCUUAUCCAGAGCAACAUCCUUUAAUCGGUAUACUGUUUGGAAUUUCAUCAAAAACUUGAAAGACCUUUACCAGAGAUAUCCUACUUUCGCUGAUGGUACAAGGGUUUUCAAUCUAGAUGAAACCAGUACCUCAACUGUACCAGAUAGACUUCCAAAGGUAGUGGCACAAAAGGGAAGUAAACAGAUUUCUCAAGCUACUAGUGGAGAACAUGGUGUCUUAGUGACCACCUGUUGCAUAAUCAGUGCAGGUGGUACUUUCCUGCCCCCAGCAAUGACAUUUCGUCGAGUACAUUUUAAACAACAUAUGAUAAGUAAUGCACCAACAGGCACCCUGGGGUUAGCAACAAAGACUGGCUGGAUGAAUAGCAAACUUUUUGUGGAUGUCAUGAAACAUUUCAUCAACAAAUCCAGUAGUAGCAAAGACAAUCCUGCACUUCUAAUUUUAGACAAUCAUGAAAGCCAUCUGUCAAUUGAGGUAAUAGAUGCAGCAAAGGGCAAUAGAGUGGUUAUGCUAACUGUACCCCUACAUACCUCAAACAAACUGCAGCCUCUAGAUGUAGGAGUGUUUUCUUCAUUCAAUAGAACUUAUUACUCAGCAUUAAAUUCAAAACUCCUACACAGGAAAGGCACACCUCUCACUAUUUAUGAUGUAGCUGCAUGUGUCAAAAUUGCUCAUGACAGAUCAAUGACACCCACUAACAAACGUUCGGCUUUCAAGAAAUGUGGAAUAUUUCCAUUUGAUGAAGACAUCUUCACUGCCGAAGACUUUAUGGUCAGCAAAGUAACAGACAGGGUCGUGGAGAUAAACAGAACAACUUCAGAUGUUAAUUCUCUCCAUCAUAUCAAGGAUGCACAAUCUGCAGAACAAGCCUCAGUCGGUGUCAGCCAGUCACAAGAUCUGCAGCAAGCAGGACCAUCAGCAGUGCUUAACACCCAAACAGCUUUUCCUAAUGCAGUUUCUCCUGAAAUAAUUCGAGGAUAUCCAAAAGCAGAGAACAGAAAGAAGAACAAUAAACGUAAGAUAGGAUGA